AUGAGUUUUUUAUUCGGUAGCCGGUCUAAUAAGACAUUUAAACCCAAAAAGAACAUCCCCGAGGGCACACAUCAAUAUGACUUAAUGCGACACGCAGCCGCCACUCUAGGGUCUGGUAAUUUGCGGCUAGCUGUUAUGCUACCAGAAGGCGAGGACCUCAAUGAGUGGGUCGCAGUUAACACUGUGGAUUUUUUUAAUCAAAUAAAUAUGCUAUAUGGUACAAUAACGGAGUUCUGUACUGAAGAAUCCUGUGCAGUAAUGUCAGCGGGGCCAAAAUAUGAAUACCAUUGGGCAGAUGGUCACACUGUGAAAAAGCCCAUUAAGUGUUCUGCACCUAAGUACAUUGACUACCUCAUGACCUGGGCACAAGAUCAACUUGAUGAUGAAACAUUGUUCCCAUCUAAAAUAGGUGUGCCAUUUCCUAAGAAUUUUCUGUCAAUGGCAAAAACGAUCCUGAAGCGUUUGUUUCGCGUUUACGCCCAUAUCUACCACCAGCACUUUCCACAAGUUGUGCAGCUAGGUGAAGAGGCUCACCUUAACACUUCCUUUAAGCACUUCAUUUUCUUUGUUCAGGAAUUCAAUCUAAUUGAGCGGCGUGAGCUGGCACCCCUGCAGGAACUCAUUGAAAAGCUUACGGCCAAGGACACUCGAUGA